AUGGCAGGCAUGGCACCCAACGUUGGGGACACCAGUGGCCCGUCCUCUCCUCCACCGCCAUUGCCCGAAGGGUGGCUUCCUCAAUGGGAAGGCGUCCAGCGGAAAUGGUAUUACGUCCAACGAGCCACCGGAAAAUCCCAAUGGGAAAUUCCCACGGAACCAGUUGCUCUCACGCCGUCCACAUCACCGACGCCAAUCGGGACCGGGCCUUCACGAGCGCCGGCAUUGCAGCCAGCCACGAAUAGCCAUCGAGUGACGGGACCAAGGGCUGCCAUACCGGGUGGGAGCUAUGCUGCGACUGGCAUGGCGGGAAUUUCCAGCUCUUUCGGCUCUCAGGACAAUCCAGUCCAUGACCCUUCCAGAAUAAUGGGAUGGCCCUCAGGCCCAGCGGCAUAUGGUCAGCACCCUGGUGCAAAUGAGGGUAGCCACCUCACGGAUUCUUUGCUGUCGAUGCCGCAUGGGCAACCGCACCCACAUCUCUCAGCAUUCCAGCAGAGCCAGGAUCAGGCCCAGAAUCAGCCUACAGCAGGCCAAAUCACCCCCGGUCAGCCAUGGUUGGAAGGAUUGCACCAUCCAGGGUCUGACCAAGGCUAUCAAUCCUCUCAAGCAUUGCUCUAUGGCCCGACUCCUCCGCAUUCGCAUGUCCCUCCAUAUCCGUGGGUGGCUCCUCUGCCUACUGGGACUGGCGCUCCAAUACCUCAAAUGCAUAACCCUCAGUCGCAAUGGCAAUCGAGCCAAAUACCGCCUUUAUCGAGUACGCAAGCUCAUUCAGGACCUACGAGCGUAGAUCCACCAUUCUCAGGUCCCGGGCCUGGUUUGAAGCGCCAAGAAUCUCAUCCUGUUCUUGGCUCAUACGCAUCCUGUACUUCAAAUAGCAUCAUGGGGCAACCUCCCAGCGUUUCAGGAUACCCUCUAUCGCGAUCACAUUCCGAGCAUGGACCGAAUGGUCCACCGCAUAUACCACUUGGUUUUCCAAAUGCCACACAUCCACCAUUUUCUAGAUACAUGCCGCAACCAAACUUGCACGGCCGCUUCCAAGGGGCGAGUCUGACACAACCAGGGACAGUGACCAGUUCUCAUACUGCCCCAACCUUUCAAACCGGUCCUCAGUACUCCCAGAAUCCACUGGUUCAAGCAAGUAUCAAUCGGUACUUGCCUUCGCAAAUCCAGCAUCCCGGUGGUGGGACUUUUGUCUAUACGGGAACAGCACAGCAACACAGCACAUAUCCGAUCCCAGGCGACCGACCUGCUGGUGACUCCAAUCAGGGGCCUGGCAACGUUCUUGAGUCCUCGCGAACGGCAGCAUCUGAUCCUCAGUUUGUCAGUGGACCGUGGGCGUCACCCUCGACGCCGCCUACCUCGGGAUGA